AUGACAGCACAAAACCCUCCUUCAGAAACACCAGGGCUCCCCCCUAAUGUAAUUAUCUUCAACCCGAAAUCAUCCUCAUCCGUCGACGCCCUUCUCAACGCGCGCACCUUUACACGACUCGUCGCCAGCUCAUCCUGCACGCCAGCAAAACUGGCAGCCAUCAGGAAAUAUCCUGGUGUGCAGGAUGAUUUCUGUCUUAUCCACCGCAAUGCUGUACUCAUCUUUGACGCAGGCGACGAUGAGGAUGUUCAUCAUGAGCAUUUUAGGGUGAUUUGUCUUGCGCUCAAAGAGUAUGAUAUUGGACUCGAUGUUGCGGGCUGUAUACACGAUGCGACGGAUGCGCUUGCGGCAGGGUUUCAGUUGGAUAAGUUGAGUGAUAAGGCGGCUUUGGUUAUUGACCUUGUUGUGGAGGAGGAUAGUGAUGAGGAUUCGGAUGCUUGA